CUCCAUAGCUCCCCAUAGUUAUGAUCCAGGGAAAGUGAUAAAAGGAAAACGAAAGAAAGUUUUCAUCUUUUUGUGAUCUUAGCUGCCAAAUCAAUUAGAAAAACAUGGUUAGCUUCAGGCACAUUUCUCUCCUUGUUGCUCUCACAAUCCUAAUGCAAGCUCCUCCUUCUUCUUCUACUUUUGCUCUUCAUCAUCACCUUCAUGAGCACCUUCGCCAUCACCUCGGUCAUCCUCACUUGAUCACCAAGGGCUCCGAGGCCCUUGCCAUGGCGGACAUCUUCAGCGCGCUGUACGCGUUCGGCGAAUCCCUGACGGACACCGGGAACGCCAUGUUUAUGGGCAUCCUCAGGCAUGCCCAGGGUGGCUCUCAAGGCGCGUCAGGUUCGUCCCUCGGCGGGAACCAUCUCUGCGAUGGCAAGUUGAUGAUAGAUUUCGUGUGUGAAGCUCUGGGCAUUCCCCCGCUUCCCGCAUUCCAGAAUGCUUCUGGGAACUUCACGCACGGCGCGAACUUUGCCGUGGCUGGAUCGACCGCCCUCCCGAGCAACUUCUUCUCUCAGAAUAACCUUCAGAGCUGGUUCUUGAACACCGUUCCAAAGACUAUAGACUUGCAAAUAAGUUGGUUUAACAAGUUCCGACAAGAAAUGGCAGGCCAAGUAGCCGGAGGAGGAAGUGGAAGCGGAAGUGGAAGCAUGACGGGAAGCGGAAGUGGAUAUGGGAGCGGAAGCAUGAGCGGCAGUGGAGGCGGAAGCAUGGGUGGAAGCGGGAGCGGAAGCAUGACAGGAAGCGGAAGCGGAAGCAUGGGUGGAAGCGGAAGCGGGAGUGCAAGCGGAAGCAUAAGUGGGACUGGGAGUGGAAGUGGGCAGGGAAGCGGAAGCGGAAGCGGAAGCGGAAAAAUGAGUGGAAGCGUGAGCGGCAGUGGUGGUGGAAGCGGAGGUGGCAGUGGAAGCGGAAGCGGAAGCAUGAGUGGAGCCAGUGCUGCAAGCGGAGGUGCUAGUAUGAGCGGAAGUGGAAGCGGAAGCGGACACGGAAGUGGAAGCAUGACUGGAAAAACGAGCGGAAGCGGAAGUUGGAGUGGUAGCGUAAGCAGCCACAUGCAGGGUGCCCUGUUUUGGAUCGGAGGGAUCGGUUUAAGCGAUUACCCUCGCCUGCUCGGCUCGUCCUCCGUCUCCAACCAGUGGCUAACCCAGAACUCUGUUAAUCAAGUCUGCAAACUAGUCAAGGCACUGCUGGCAAAAGGCGGGAAGUACAUCGUCGUCCAAGGCUUGCCCCCCUGCGGAUGCUUCCCUGUGUCUCUAGCCUCGACCCCCACCAGCGACCGUGACCAACACGGCUGCUGUGCCAGUGCCAAUGCCAUGGUGACCACCCACAACGAGCUGCUCCAGAAGAACCUGGCCGAGCUGCAGAAAACGUACAGCUCGGCUACCAUCAUCUAUGCCGACUUCUGGAGAGCGUACAUGAACAUCCUCCAGAACCAUGGCCAGUACAACUUCGCCGAGCCCUUCAAGGCUUGCUGCGGGGCCGGCAGCGGGGCGUUCAACUUCGACGCCCACCACCUGUGUGGCUCGGCCAACACCGCCGCCUGCAGAGACGCCACAAAGCACAUGAUCUGGGACGGGAUUCAUCUCACGGAGGCCAUGAACAAGGAAAUCGCCAAGCAGUUCCUCAGCCAGGGUUGCACUAGCCCUCCAUUGCAGGAGGUCAUCAAGAAGAAGAUGGGAUGAGCCUCGAGUUAAAUCAAUGUUUCGACUCCGAGUGACUGCUUAGGUCACCGAGUUAACUUCUCCCGAUUAAUCUGUUCGUUAAGUUUUUGUAAAAUUAUUCUUUCUUAGUUUGGACCUGGGAUGCAAUUGAUCCAUCUGCAAUAAAAGAUUGACUAUUUCCACACACAUGUGAUCUCCAGUUACAAGGGCAAGUUUCA